AUAUCGAAAAAAUAUCAUUCGUCUAACAGAACAAAAACAAUUAACAUGUUCUCCAAAUUGGUAGCUCUGUUCGCCCUGGUGACAGUGUCGUCAGCUGGUUUACUGCCAGCUCCCGUUCACUACUCCUCCGCUGCGGCCGUCUCUUCCCAGAGCAUUGUCCGUCAUGACCAGCCACAAGCCAAGUUGGCUAUUGCCGCCCCUGUCGCUUACCAGGCUGCCCCAGUCUACCAUGCCGCUCCCGCUCCCGUCUACCAUGCUGCUCCAGCUCCAGUUGCCUACCACGCUGCCCCUGCCCCAGUUGCCUACCACGCUGCACCCGCCCCAGUUGCCUACCAUGCUGCCCCAGUGGCCUACCAAACUGCCCCAGUACACUACGCCGCUCCCGUCGCUAAGGUCCUUGCUCACGAAGAAAUCUCUCACCCCAAAUACGAGUACUCUUACUCCGUGGCUGACCCUCACACCGGUGAUGACAAGCAGCAACAGGAGGUCCGCGAUGGUGAUGUCGUAAAGGGCUCCUACUCUUUCCACGAAGCCGAUGGCUCCAUCAGAACCGUUGAGUACUCCGCUGAUGACCACAGUGGUUUCAACGCCGUUGUCCACAACACCGCUCCCACCGCCGCCCCAACCCUAGUCAAGGCCGCACCUGUCCUCCUCAAAGCUCCCGUCUACGCUGCACCCGCUCACCAAUACUACCACAAAAAACCAAUAAACAUGUUCUCUAAAAUUAUUGCUUUGAGCGCCGUGUUGGCGGUGUCCAGCGCUGGUCUUUUGGCCAGUCCAGCAGUUCACUACUCUCCAGCUUCCGCAGUCUCCUCACAGAGCAUCGUACGCCAUGAGCAGCCAAUCGCCGUAGCCGCUCCCGUCGCAUACCAAUCUGCUCCAAUUGCAUACGCGUCUCCCGCUCGGUACUCCUCCGCUGUCUCCUCACAAAACAUCGUCCGUCACCAACAACCUAUCGCCGUAGCUGCUCCCAUUGCCUACAACACCGCCUCUUAUGCCUCACCUCUUUCAUACGCUGCUCCCGCUCGUUACUCAUCUGCCGCUGCAGUCUCCUCCCAGAACAUCGUUAGUCACGGACAGGCCUUUGCACCCGCCCGUCUGGCCUACCAAGCCACUCCUGCUAUAGUCGCUCCCGUCGUCCACGCUGCUCCCCUUGUCCACGCUGCCCCAGCCCGCGCCAUCAUCGCCCAACACGAGGAAUACGACGCAAACCCCAACUACGACUUCGCCUACUCCGUAGCCGACGGCCACACCGGUGACAACAAGUCCCAGCAUGAGAGCCGUCAUGGAGACGUCGUUAACGGUGAAUACUCUCUGGUCGAAGCCGAUGGUUCAGUCCGCCGCGUUCAAUACACCGCUGACCCACACAACGGUUUCAACGCUGUGGUCAGCAACUCUGCUCCCGCUCACGCUGCCUCCGCAUACGCCCCAGCUGCUGUUGUCGCCCAUCAUUAAACAACAAACAUUGAAAAAAAAAUAUCGUACAUUAAGUUAUUUAUUGUGAAUAAAUGAACUAGUUUAACUGACUGAUA